AUGCCCUCCACCCAUAACAAUCAACCCCCCACCCCGCAAGCCAUGCAAAUGUCAGCAGCAGCACCGCCAAACAAACAAAUCAUCACCGACCAACCCAAAUCCCACCCCGCACCCCAAAUGACACAUGACCGCGACGAUGGUGACGACGGGCAGCUCAACCUCCGCGGGGGCGGGUUCACCAUUGGGUGCAACUGCUGCAGGGGCAUGUUUUCUUUUCAUAAGAGGUGCUGCUAGAUAGUAGGUGCGCACUCCCGCCUGUGAUAAAUGAUUGGAUAAAUUAGGGAGAGGGGGGAAGGCAGGAACGAAUGGAUGGAUGGGAUAGUCUGUCUGGACUUUUUGACAAUGAGUGAUGUGAUGAGGUUGGGUGUUUUGUCUUGGGGGAGGGGGGUGGUUUAAUCAUCCAUGUGAGGUGUGGUUGAAUUUGGAAUUCUGUAGGUUUGCAAGUUGAAUUUUGUACAGAGGGACAUAGAUGCGGCUGGUUUGUUUAUGGUGGUAUUGUUUGGUGGCAUUGGGAAGUGGGCUGUCUGUUGCUGGGAGGGUGGGUGGCUGUGGAGGGGAAGAGGAGGUUGAACAGUUGGAGGUUGCGAUUUCUUACUUCCAGUGAUGUUGUUGGUGUUUAAGGGAUUUUGAGAAGGGCACUGAGGUUCUGAAUAAAGCUGGGGCUCAAAGACGAACUUGUAUUUUCCAAAUGAGGGUUCUUAUCAAUGCUUUUACUAUAGAAUCUGAGAGCUCACUAUGGCCGAUCCCCAGACGGCAUCCCUGAGUACAAGUGGUACCGUACAUCGCCAGUCCCUGCUCUAUAGUUUAGCAUGCUUCUCAGAUCUCCCCCAACAUCUCUCAUCACUCAGCCCCAAGUGAUUUUUAAAUCUACCAGUGUUCAACGUCGCGAUCUGUUUGAUCUGCGCCGACGUUGAGUCUGCAACACCAAGGCGGCGAUCCGAGCAGCUCUGGCUUGCCUGCGGGCUUUCUGAUCUUCGGCGUGAGACCAGUGGAAGAAGAGGCUUGGGCUGGCCUUGGGCCCAAGAGCUUGAGGCGGAGGGAAAGAGAUGGUGUGAGAGCUGCGAGAGUGCUGCUGUCUUUGAGAAGUGGAAGUUGCCUUAUGUGCUGUAUUGACAGGACAACCAGUUAGUUGCAGAUACAAAACAAAGCUGGCUUGAUGUAUUGCCACUCAUUUUGACAAGACAUCUACUUACCUCUCUUCUUUUUACGCAACUUCUGCCGCAGGCUUGUGACGAGGAGCUCAUCGCUGUCAAUAGAGUCAUCAUUCUCGCAGUGUUCUGCACUGUUGAUCGAGUACUCGGGAGUUUGAGAAGGCGUGGGGGCG